AUGAGCAGCUCUUUUAGUAGCCAUAACAACAGCAGCAGCAGCAGCUCCAGUACAAUCUCGAGCCACAAGGCGUUUCUAUCGCCAACGGACGUGGCAGAACUCACGGCCGCAGCUGUUGCCGCUCUCCCGAGCUCGUUGUCGCAGUCGAAUCUGUCGCUCAAGAAGUCGUCGUCCAGCGCCCAUCGCACGGAGAAUGGAGACAUUGUGCACCAUCACCAGGCUACACAUAGUGGAGGGAACGCCACGCUCGUGACGUCGACGACUACGACCAUUCACCAUGUGGGAAGUGCUGGGAAGGCCGGGAUUCUCGAUCCUGUAGGGGGUAUGGGGACGGCUGGCGCGUUGCCGCCGCAGUCGCAGUUCUCGCUGCACUCGCACAAUCACCGUCACCAUCACCACCACCAUCUUUCGCAUGGAGCUGGUUUGCUGGCGAAUGGCAGUCUGAGCGGACUGGCUGAUGGCAGUCUAGGACGGAAUGGACUGGAUGGGUCCAUUGGACUGGGAGCGUUGGCUCCGUCGCCAUCUUUUCAGGGAGAUUUGAACCAAAUUGAUGCGGGACUGAACUCGGAAGACGCGGAUGUUCAACUGGAAGCAGCCAAAAAGCUACGUGUGCUCCUGUCGUCCGAGCGUGAUCUGCUUAUUCGUCAGAUGCUGGAAAAGAACUGGACACCGCGGCUGAUAAAGUGGUUGCGACUACGAGACCGACCGACUCUUCAAGUGGAAGCGUUGUGGGCACUUACAAACAUUGCGGCGGGAGCCACGGACAACACAUCGGUGCUGCUCCAAAAUGGCGUGAUCCCAACACUUGUUUCGUUGUUGGACUCGUCGAAUGAAGAGGUGCUAGAGCAGUCCGUGUGGGUUCUUGGUAACUUGGCCGGCGAAGGAGCUGCAACGCGGGAUCUUGUGCUGAGCGCUGGUGCGCUGACACCGCUUGUGAACAACCUGAAGAAGACGUCGUGGGACCGCUUGUCGCUCCUUCGCAUCUUGACGUGGACAAUCAGUAACUUGUGCGACGGCCAGCCACGGCCAGUGUUCGACAUUGGGCUAAUUUUGCCGUACCUGGCCAAAAUGCUAACGAGCACCGACACUGAAAUCCUGAGCCACAUUUGCUGGGCGUUUUCGCACUUGUGCGACGGACCCAGCACGCACAUUCAGGCGGUCGUUGACUCGGACGUGUGUUUCCGGCUUGUUGAGCUUCUGAGUCACUCGUCUUGGCGGGUCACCAAACCCGCUCUGCGUGCGAUUGGGAACAUUGUCUGUGCUGAAGAUGACCACGAUUACACGCAGCACAUCAUCGAGUGUGGUGCUGUGCCUUCUUUGCGGAGACUGAUCGCACAUUCGAAUCGCGAGAUCCAGAAAGAAGCGUGUUGGACUCUGUCGAACAUUGCUGCUGGCACAGUCGACCAAAUCCAGUGCGUGCUUGAUUCGGGGUGUAUCCCGUCGUUGGUGGGGCUGGCUGCAUCUGACACGACGGAUGCUGAAGUGAAAAGUGAGGCCUGCUGGGUUGUGCUUAAUGCCACAUCGUGUGGGUCGGACAGUCAAAUCGAGUACCUCGUGAACCAGGGUUGCAUACAGAUCCUGGGCAAUCUCUUGGAAGAAACUAGUAUGGUUAUGAUGGCGCUGGAAGGCUUGGAGCGCAUUCUUCAGGUUGGCGAGCUGGAGGCAAAGCGCACGGACUCUCCAAAUCCGUAUGCAAGUCUCAUGGCGUCUGCGAAUAUAGAGACGUUGGUGUCACACAAGUCGGCUACCGUGGCAAAGCGAGCCACGCGCAUCUGGCAGCAACACUUUGUCACGUGCGCUAUUUGCUUGGGCCCGUUCUCGAAGCACUCGAACGACACGUUUUUCUGUGCCGAGUGCAAGUGCAACGUGUGCAAGCUUUGCAACUGCACGGUGUUCCAUCUCAAGUACCAGGAGAGUCUAUGGAAGGAAGAGACCGAAAAGGAGACGCAUGAAAAGCAGGCACGUCAAGCGUCGAAGCGCAGCAAGCGUCAAAAAAAGCGUCAGCGUACCAAGGAGCGCAAGGCAGCGCUGUUGCGUGGUCAAAAGACGCCAGCAGGUGGUAGAGGGUCGAAACAAAGCCGACAGCAAAGGGACCAGCCGCACGAUAAUUCAUCUUCUGACGACGCUUCGUCGACUAAGUCAGGAGGUGGGGGAGUGCAUCGGCGGCACGAUGCGGACGAUUCCGUCUCGGAAAAUGGUUCGAAUGGAUCGAACGUGGAGGAAGAAGAUGGCGGGUCGACCACGCCUGGUGAUGAAGAGGAGGUUGCAACGGACGAAGAAGCCAACGCUGAUGUACUGGACGAAAUGGUCGAUGCGAACGACAAACUGGUGUCGUAUUUGCUGGAGACGGGGUCCAUCAUGGCACUUGCCGAGCGUUUGGACCUGGAGGACGAUAGUAUGUGGAUUGUGGCAGAGAAGGACAGGACUGCAAUUCACGCGUAA